GUUGUCUUCCUCUAAAAAAAGAAUCCAAGAACAAAAAAAGAGGCGGGGCAGGCAAAGGCAGGGCAGCCCGGUCCUAAAAUUUCAAAAUUCAAAAAAAGAAAAAGCAACGGUCAGUUUGAGUGAGUCAUUGCAUACUGAAUGAAUGCACACAUUAACAAAAUCAACGCCAGUUUUUUGCUUUCUUUUCCUUUUUUAUUACCAUUAUCUCUUUUUCCUUUUAUCAACAAAUUCAAACACCACCCAAUUCAAAUACACCCAUUUUCUCAUUUCUCCACUGAUUUUUCUUCACAUGGGUCAUCAUCAUCUUCUUCUCUAAUCUGCUUUAUCUUGCUUUGACCUUGACCCAUUUCACCACCGCCAUCCCAAUCUUUUCAGCAAUGGCGGAUCUUGAUUCUCCAGUGUCAGGGCGAUCUGAGACUGGAUUUUCUCUCACUACUCCUCAUUUGAUUAUUGGCGAACAAUCACCUGAGUUACCUCAUGAACCACAAAUGAAUUAUCUGGAUUCCCCUGAGUUUUUGGACAAUAAUUGGCAUCAGAAGUUGGGAGCUUCGGUAGAAUUGUCUUUAGAGAACGGCAUUGAUGAAUCUCAAGUUAAGAACACUCAUAAAACCCCAUCUGUGAAGUUUUCCACAAUAUGUCAAACUUUUGAACAGGAAUUAUCUCCCGAAGCUUCUUUUGAGCUCCCUCCCCCACCCAAAUUCGAGGAAAACUCGCUGGAAGAUUGUUUUCCUGUUACAAGCACUGGUGUGGGAUGUAGAAAUGGCGAGGCUUCGUACAUAGGUGAUGGUGGUGUACCUGAAAUAGAAGAUAUCCAGUCACCAAUGGUAAAGGAUAUUUGUGAUUCCGAGGUUGAAGGAGACUAUAAGAAGCUGCUAAAAGAUUAUCACUCUCAGAGAAAGGAAUUAGAGGAAAUGAGGAUACUGUUAGAGGAGCUUAGGAAGGAGAAUCGUGCAAAGAGUGGAGAAUGCAAUGAAGCCUGGAAGUCUUUAAAGGAACUCCAGAAUGAGCUCAUGCGCAAAUCAAUGCAUGUCGGAUCUUUGGCUUUUGCCAUAGAGGGACAAGUUAAGGAGAAGGGAAAAUGGUUCUCUUCAUUAAGAGAUUUGACCAGAAAGCUAAAGAUUAUGAAAAUGGAACAAAUUAAGCUUGCGGAGGAGGCAUCUGCCUAUAAAAAGUGCCUGGUGGAUAUGAAAGAAAUGAGUUCUACUAUUAACUUUACUGUUAAUCAGCAAAUAGAUUUGAAUGAACACCUUAAGGCCAAAUUUGUUGAAGGAGCCAAAGAAAGGAAAGAACUUUAUAACAAGGUGUUAGAGCUGAAAGGAAACAUAAGGGUCUUUUGCCGCUGUAGACCCCUCAACACUGAAGAAAUUGCAGCAGGUGCUUCAGUGGUUGUUGAUUUUGAAUCUGCUAAAGAUGGUGAGCUCAUUGUAAAGCCAAAUGGGGUUGUGAAAAAGACCUUCAAGUAUGAUUCUGUAUUCUGCCCCCAAACAGACCAAGCUGAUGUCUUCAAGGAUACAGCUCCAUUUGCAACCUCAGUUCUGGAUGGAUACAAUGUCUGCAUAUUUGCUUAUGGACAGACUGGGACUGGUAAAACGUUUACCAUGGAGGGUACAGAAAAAGACCGGGGAGUAAAUUUUAGGAUUCUCGAGGAACUGUUUCACAUAAUUAGAGAGCGUCAAAAGCUGUAUCGAUAUAGUGUAUCUGUAAGUGUCUUAGAAGUCUACAAUGAGCAAAUACGAGAUUUACUUGGUUCAGGAAAUCAGGCAGGAGCAACUGCAAAGAGGCUUGAAAUAAGACAGGUGGGUGAAGGGAUUCAUCACGUGCCAGGGCUUGUUGAGGCGAAUGUAAGCAACAUGAAUGAAGUCUGGGAAGUUCUUAAAACAGGCAGUAAUGCAAGAGCUGUUGGCUCAACCAAUGCCAAUGAGCAUAGCAGUCGAUCCCACUGCAUCCACUGCGUGAUGGUGAAGGGAGAGAAUUUGAUGAAUGGGGAAUGCAUAAGAAGCAAGCUAUGGUUGGUGGAUUUAGCAGGAAGUGAGCGAAUAGCAAAGACUGAAGUGCAAGGAGAGCGUCUCAAGGAAACACAGAACAUAAAUCGAUCUCUUUCUGCGCUUGGUGAUGUCAUAUCUGCACUUGCAACCAAAAGCCCCCACGUUCCUUUUAGGAAUUCCAAGCUCACACAUUUACUGCAAGACUCUUUAGGAGGAGAUUCAAAGACACUUAUGUUUGUACAGAUCAGCCCUAAUGAAAGUGAUUUGGGUGAGACUCUCUGCUCACUCAACUUUGCAAGUAGGGUAAGAGGAGUGGAGUUGGGGCCAGCAAAGAGACAACUGGACACUUAUGAAUAUUUGAGAUACAAACAAUUGGCUGAAAAAGCAAAGCUAGAGCUAAAGAGCAAGGACUUGCAAAUCAAGAAGUUGGAAGAAACUGUACAGGGACAAGAAGUGAAGAUAAAAGAGAGAGAUUUUAGAAACAAAAGCCUGCAAGAGAAGGUAAAAGAAUUGGAGUCUCAACUUCUAAUUGAGAGAAAGCUAGCACGUCAGCAUGUUGACACAAAGAUAGCUGAGCAGCACAUCAAAAAUCAAGAAGAACAUAUUAAAGCACCAAUCAGACCACCUCUUGGAAGUCGGCCAUUGGGAAGUCUCAAGAAUGUCAGUGACCCAACUACUGCUCCUGUCAAAGAUCAAGAUAAUUCAAUCCAGCCUCUUGUUGAAAAGAACAACAGCAAAGCCCAAACUCAAGUACCAUUUCGUCCAAUGAAUGAAUUUGUCAAGUAUAUUGAUGCUACAGAAAAAGAGAACAACCCUGAUAUGGUUGAACAGUCUUUUCUGCCAAGCAGAACUGGAAGAGCUUCUAUAUGCCCUAUAGCAAGGAGAAUGCCAGCCUUACCAGCUCCAAGGCGCAACUCUCUUAUACCGCUUCCAAGCACUCCAAACACCACACAGCUCCCGCUUCAAUUCUUACCAUUGGCACCCUUUUCUGCUGAUAAGAAGGAUGAUAUAGAUGAUCCUGAAGCCAACUGCUUGCCUAGACAGACACCUUGUGACAGUCCAAAAGCAACUAUAACUAAGGCUGGCAGUAGGAAGAUAAGCAGCAUACUAAGGCGAAGCAUCCACAAGAGAAUUCAACCAAAAUCUCCAACACAACACAUGAAAAGAGGUGUAAACGUUGGAAUGGAGAAGGUUAGACUCUCUAUUGGUAGUCGAGGGAGGCUAGCACAGAGAGUAUUGCUCAGCAAUGGUCGAAGACCGGGAUCUAAAGGGAUGCAAAAGCAGACUCAGAAGGAAAAAGAAAAGGAAAGAGGAUGGAAUAUAGGAACAGUAGGAAGAGGAUGACAUAGAUAAAUAUGAUUUUUAUACAAAAAUAUUUAUCGACUCUGACAAAAGAUGGUUGAUUAUUCUUGUAGCGGGUAUGCUGCAAUGUAAUGUAGAGUGAUGUGUUAAUUUAUUAGGAUGUAGCUAAUCAUCCGACUCAUAUUAUAUGCAUGAGUCAUGACUCAUGAAUGUACAGAACUAGUAAGUUUGACAAUUGUGUGUAUUUUUUUCCUGACGCUUGACAUUUUUUCUAUGAGAAGAGGUUUUUUGUGUGCU